AUGAAAGCCUUCACCGCCUUCUCGCUCCCAUUGCGCCGGCUUGCCACUCGACGGCCAUGGACAUGCUCCAACUGUCGUGGAGGCCCGUUGGCGCAGCAGUCCAGCCGGACACAACAGCAACAACAGCAACGAUUUAGCAACACCGCACGCGGGUUCUCUUCCACGACCUCGAAGACCGCGAUCAACCGGGCUACACCGAGGACUGGCGGUGGUAAGAAGGGUGGUCGCGUGUGGCUUCUUGCUUCAGGCGGUGGCGUUGCGACAGCAGGUGUCCUUGCGCUGGGCGACGACAUCAAGUACGGCUACGAUGCGGCAGAGCGAGCAGGCCGUGUUGCGGCUGCGCUCGCAGUAUGCAUUAAUGACUACCGAACGACUCUCAACCAGAAAGAAACGAUUGACGACCCCGAAUUAGCAAACAAAAUUUUGAAAGACUGUCACCAGCGAUGCGCCGAUCGAACACUAAAGGUCUUGGAGAAGAACGGCGGGAUCUUCAUCAAGUUGGGCCAGCACCUUAGUGCGAUGAACUACCUCCUCCCGCAAGAGUGGACAAACACCUUCAUCCCACUACAAGACAAGUGCCCCGUAUCGUCCUUCGAGUCAAUUGAGGAAAUGUUCCGCAAGGAUACUGGAAAAGAGCUCUGGGACUACUUCUCCGAAUUCUCAAACGAACCGAUUGGUGCUGCAUCUCUCGCUCAAGUACAUACCGCUACAGUGAAGGACACCGGAAUGCCUGUGGCUGUCAAAGUACAGCACCCAGGACUUGGCCAGUGGUCUCAACUCGACCUUGCCUUGACACGUUUCACGUUCUCUACGCUCAAGCGCUUCUUCCCGGAAUACGAUUUGGAAUGGCUCUCCAAAGAGAUGGAUAUCUCGCUGCCGAAGGAAUUGGACUUCAGAGAAGAAGAGCAUAACGCUAAUCGUACGAGGGAACAUUUCGCCAAGCUGCCUGAGCACCCCCUCGUCGUUCCUGGUGUUCUCUGGUCGAAGGAGCGCAUCCUGGUCAUGGAGCGGGUAUCAGGACACCGAUUAGACGACCUCGAGUACCUUGACGCCAACGGUAUUGACCGAGACGAGGUUUCCGCCUGUCUCGCUCGCGUUUUCAACGAAAUGAUCUUUGGCCACGAUGCACCUUUGCACUGUGAUCCCCACGGCGGCAACCUGGCCAUUCGGAAGAACGAGUCCAGGCGCGGCCUCCGAGGCGGGCACAACUUUGACAUCAUUCUCUACGACCACGGCCUUUACCGCGAAAUCCCCCGCGACCUGCAGCGCUCCUACGCCAAGAUGUGGCUCGCUGUCAUUGACGGCGACAUGAAGCGCAUGCGCAAGUAUGCCAAGGAGGUGGCCAACAUCAACGACGAGCAGUUCCCCCUUUUCGCCUCCGCAAUCACAGGCCGCGACUGGAGCGUCCUCAACAGCGAGGGCUCCGUCUUGCAGACGCGCACCGACGACGAGAAGAAGGAGAUGGGCGACGCACUGCAGGAAGGCCUGAUUGUCGAUCUCGUCCAGCUCCUCGGCCAGGUCCCGCGCAUCAUCCUCCUCAUCCUCAAGACCAACGACCUCACCCGCAGUCUGGAUGAGAACCUGCACACCCGCCAGGGUCCCAUCCGCUCCUUCAUGAUCCUCGCUCGGUACUGCACGCGGACUGUCUUUGAGGAGCAGCUCGAGGACCUGAAGCAACGGGGAUCGCUGCUGUGGCCGCCGAAUACCUUCCGCCUCAUGUCCGCGUGGAUCGGCUUCUUGAGGGUGGAGCUCAAGCUUGGAGCCUUUGAGUUGUAUUUGAGCGCCAAGAGGGCGUUUGGGUUCAAAGGCGUUGGGUUUGCGGCUCCGGGCAUGUGA